AUGAAGAAUUUCGAAUGCAGUCCCAAAGCAGAAUUGGGGCACAGCACACUCAUCCGAGGUCCCCGAGGAACUAUCUUGAUGACCUCCUUCAUCACCUCACCAAUCCUUCUUCGCCCCUCGCUCUCCCGCCUCCGCCCCCUUCUCUGUCGCCGCCCCACGAUGACAUCUGCGCAAGAUAAGCCACAUAAGGCCGCGAUGGACGACGUAGUCUCCGGCCGAUUCCGGCGAAAGCCCUCCGUCUUCCGCGACUGGAUCUCCUCCGCCCCCGACGCAAAAUUCACACCCGACGACAAUCGCUACCGUCUCUACGUAUCACUUGCCUGCCCCUGGGCCUGUCGCUGCUUGAUAACCCGCGCCCUCAAGGGUCUGCAGAAGACCAUCCCCGUCACAGUUGUCCACCACUACAUGGGCCCGAAAGGCUGGAGGUUCGUGGAAGAGGGCGAGCAGAAUGUUCCGCCGAUGUGCGAGCCGGAACCGCUGUUUGGUCUCAAGAUGAUUCGCGACCUCUACUUUAAGGCCGACGAGCAAUACGGGGGGAGGUUUACCGUGCCUGUGUUAUGGGAUACUAAGCUUGGGACAAUUGUGAAUAACGAGAGCUCAGAAAUUAUUGUUAUGCUGAAUGAGAUGUUUAAUGAGCAUGCAGAGAGACCAGAGGUUGACUUGUAUCCGAAGGAGCUCCGCACAGAGAUUGAUGACGUUGCCGAAUCCUUUUACAACUCUUUGAAUAAUGGUGUCUAUCGGUGCGGCUUCGCACAGACGCAGGGGGCGUAUGACGAAGCCGUCGGGGAGCUCUUUGAUAUAUUGGAGCACUUCGAAGAGCGACUGGGAAGCCGUAGGUAUCUGGUUGGGGACAGCCUUACGUUGGCGGAUAUCAGGUUGUUCGUCACGCUCAUUAGGUUUGACCCUGUGUAUGUAUCCCAUUUUAAGACAAACAAGAAGCGCAUUUUCGAUUAUCCCAACCUAUCGGGAUUUAUGAAAGACCUGUAUCAGAACCCAAAGAUUAAGGAGACAGUGUCCUUUGAACAUAUUAAGAAGCACUAUUUCGGAAGCCAUCCGUCGAUCAACCCCUUAGGGAUUGUCCCAGCGGGGCCAGAUAUGUCGUACCUUGAUACCCCGCACGGGAGAGAGCAAGUUUGAGAAGGGGUUCUCGUUGGUUUGGGUGCUUUAUGGGAAAGGUAGAGUAUCUGCGAGAACUGCGUUUUACUAUGGAUUCAGGAAUUGAAGUUGUGUUCAUAUCUCCAGUACAGCUGCGGAGUGUUGCUGUGGUGUUCAUUUUCUGUCCAAGCUACUAUGCAGUUCGACAACACCGCGGAAGUA